UUGGCGCGCGGGUGCUCCUGGGUCGUCAGCAUGGCUGCCUUCGCAGAUUUGGACAUAAGAGCGGGCUCGGACCUGAAGGCUCUGCGCGGGCUGGUGGAGACCGCUGCUCACCUUGGAUAUUCAGUUGUUGCCAUCAAUCAUAUUGUUGACUUUAAGGACAAGAAACAGGAGAUUGAAAAGCCAGUAGCAGUUUCUGAACUCUUCACAACUUUACCAAUUGUACAGGGAAAAUCAAGACCGAUUAAAAUUUUAACUAGAUUGACAAUUAUAGUUACAGAUCCGUCUCACUGUAAUGUUUUGAGAGCAACUUCUUCAAGGGUCCGGCUGUAUGAUAUUGUUGCUGUGUUUCCAAAGACAGAAAAACUUUUUCAUGUUGCUUGCACACAUUUAGAUGUGGAUUUAGUCUGUAUAACUGUAACCGAGAAAUUACCAUUUUACUUCAAAAGACCCCCUAUUAAUGUGGCAAUUGACCGGGGUCUGGGCUUUGAGCUUGUCUAUGGCCCUGCUAUCAGAGACGCCACGAUGAGAAGGUACACAAUUUCCAACGCCCUCAGUUUGAUGCAGAUCUGCAGAGGAAAGAAUGUAAUUCUGUCCAGUGCUGCAGAGAAGCCUUUGGAAAUAAGAGGACCGUAUGAUGUGGCAAACUUAGGGCUGCUGUUUGGGCUGUCUGAGAGCGAAGCCAAGGCUGCUGUGUCCACAAAUUGCCGAGCUGCGUUUCUCCAUGGAGAAACUAGAAAAACUGCUUUUGGAAUUAUUUCUACAGUGAAGAAACCCCGGCCAUCAGAAGUGGAUGAUGAUUCUCUUCCAGCUAGCAAGAAAGCUAAAUGUGAGGGGUGAUGAGGGCGCGGUCUCCAUCAGCCUCCUCCUCCUGUCACAGCUCUUCUCUCACAGUGGAAGUAAACUUGUGCUGAGUGGAUGUUUUCACUAAAGUAGAACCAGCAGUCUGGAAAACAGCUUUAUCUCAGACCAUAACAGUGGCAAAGAAAAUCCAGUGAGGCGCUUUCUAAAGACUGGCAGUUCAGUUCAUUUAGAUAUACUUUAAGAUAAAAAGCUUUUUUAUCCUUUUUGUGAAUAAUAAACCAUAGUAAGUAUACCAAAGUAAGAUGUUUCAGUAUUUUAAGAUAUUGAAGAUAAAUAAACUAAUGUUUUUCUACUUGA